AUGGCGGAUUUGAUUGAAACGGGCAGAGCCAGCAAAUUGAGAAACUCUUAUUCAACUCAUAGAUGCACUCCUUCGCGCGCUCAGCUGCUCACUGGUAGGUAUGCUUUCCGAUACGGCCUUGGGACGGACCCUCUUUCUUCCGAAGUUCCAAAUGGACUCAGCCUCAAGGAGAAACUUCUGCCAGAAUACCUGAAAAAGAUCGGAUACACAACUCAUGCAGUGGGCAAAUGGCACCUUGGAUAUUGCAAUGACUCAUUUCUCCCGCAGAAUCGAGGAUUUGACACUUUUCUAGGUCAUUAUGGUGGUGCAGUCGACUACCAUACUCAUGCUGCUUCAGGGCAUCUUAGAAACUAUCUGAAUCAUUUUCUAAACGGAGAGCCGCACAUUCCUGAGAACGGCUUCGAGUUCGCUUCGUACACUUGGAGUAACAGAACCUGGGGUCGGCAUCGGCGCGUCGAAUCAUGGUGCCCCGCCCCGCCCCGCGUGUCCCGUUUGCCCCAUCAGCCGAAUUUUGUGUAUCUUGCUUUUAAUGCUCCGCAUGAAAUAGUCGCUGCUCCACAAGUUUUGAAGGAUGAAAUGGACGCUCUUUAUCCUGAUUUACCAAGUACCCGACGAAUGCAACUCGCCGCUGUGAAAUCAAUUGACAUCGCCAUGGAAAGUGUCAUCAAAGAAGCAUCAAAACUCGACCGAGAAACCAUCGCAAUUUCAUUCGAGAAAUAUCGACGGAAUUAUCAACAUCAUGGACUUUUUCCGACCAUUCUUCAUUUCGCAGGUUACAAUAAACCGCUGCCAAGAAAUCUCGAUGGAAUCGACCAACACGCGCUUUUCGAGAACUCGACUGUUUCUCAAAUCAGAGAUAAAUUUAUUUACGCGAUUUUACACAAAUGGCACGAAGAAAAUCUUGCCUGGAAAACAACUUACGCUGUGCGUUUCGGAGAUUUCAAGUUUAUGAACUAUCAAUCAAAGCUCAUCGGAAAUACCCAAUGUCCCGAAGGAUGGUCAAACUACGAGCACACGAAGUUUCUUUUCCCGGAUCCGAGUAAAAGAGAAAAGUACAUGAGAAAAGUUUGGGAUUUGUCUGAUCCUCAGCCGAACAAAGAAGUUGGCGAGAUGAUUCGAAGUUCUGGAUUUUCACUCUAUAAUCUGAAAAACGACCCCUUUGAACUCAACAAUUUGGCGUUGAAGAAUGAAAAUUUAAGAAAAUACAAGGAUUUGAUAGACGAAAUUCAAUCAUAUGUAGCGGAAGAGAUGCAGAAGGGAAUCGAGGUUCCGGUCACGGGAAAAGAAGGCAAAUUACUCGCAAAAAUUAUGAGAAUAAUGCCAUACGAAGAGAGAAUGCAGCACUACUACGACACUGGACGAAUUCACUCUUUCGACAGUGCUACUCGAAACGAAACAGGUUUAGAGGGGUAUCUCGGAAGCAAAUGGUGUCCAAACAAACUGGACGAGCCUGUAUUCACCAAAAUGUACUUUGAAGCCGUCGAAAGCAACAAAGUGAAACACGCUUUCUUGAUCAAUCAAUAUCUGUGGGAUGGCCGCGGUCCAGAUCGAAAUACCCCUACUUUGGGCAGCGGAAACAUGGAGAAGGACGAAGAUGAUUUCGACAGCGAUUGUUCACUGAUUAAAGGCGAAAUAAAAAUAUAUUUUUCGUUUAAUUUAUUUGUAUUUUGA